AUGGAAAACCAAACAAUAGUGUAUAUUUUGUUACUUGCUGGAUUGUCUGAUCUUCCAAGUCUUCAGCUUCCUCUAUUCCUGUUGUUUCUCUUGAUCUACCUAAUGACUCUGACUGGGAACCUUCUGAUUCUUCUCCUGAUCUUCACUGAUUCCCAUCUUCACACCCCCAUGUACUUCUUCCUUGGAACCCUGGCGUGUAUGGAUUUGUGUUCCUCCUCAGUCACUGCCCCGAAAUUGCUCUUUGAUUUACUCAUACAAAAAAGGGUUAUUUCAGUAAGAGCUUGUAUAACUCAGAUCUUCUUCUUCCUCUGUCUCUGUGGAUCAGAGAUAUCUGUGCUCGCAGUGAUGUCCUAUGACAGAUACAUUGCCAUCUGCCGCCCUCUUCACUACAUGCAAAUAAUGAGCUGGAAAGUUUGUGUUCAUCUUGUUUUAGUUGUGUUUGUUUUGAGUGCAGUACAUUCUUUGGUGCACACUCUUUUUUUAACUAAACUGACCUUUUGCAGGCCUGAUGUUUUGCAGAGUUUCUUUUGUGACCUGCCCCAGUUGCUUCAGGUCUCCUGUAGUGACACAUUCAUUAAUGUAUUGCUUAUUUUUGUUUGUGGAUAUGGGGCAUCAGAACCCAAUUAA